AUGGCAACAAGUAGAGCGAAAGAAAGCUGUGGUUUGGGGAAGGAGAGGAAGAUCACAGCUCCCAGUUCUGUCACCAUUCCUAAUGUUAAUACUUCAACCAAGAGAACUCCAAAGUCAUCUCCAAGAGGCAUCUCCACUGAUCAAAAGCUAUCUUCCUUUCCUUCUUCACCAUCAUCAUCAUCUUCUUCUUCUACUCAUUCUCUUUCAAUCCUCCCUCAGAAACAUGUUCCGAAUUACCUCAAAUCCACGGCCAGCUCCCGUCACGACCAUAACUUUAAGCCGAUCAAGAAGUCUGCAGGCCCUACACCGAUACCCGAGGGCAAGCCUAGUUUGAAUAGAAGAAGAUCUUUUGACAAACCGCCCCCGGCUACGCAACGUUUGGGGAAGCCAUUUCGAUCGCCUGAACCGAGGAAUAGGGCUGCUCAUGCUCCGGUCCGGUCUUCCUCUUUUGGGGCCAAACCAUCCACCACAAUUGUCAGCUCUACAAAGACUGGUUUUUUGGAGAGAUCAGGUUCCAAAAUCUACAAGGUGGGAGGGAAAACACAACAAUCAGUUCAAACAUUGAAAAGUAGUAGUAAUGUAAGGAAAAGCUUGAAGAGAGAAUCUAGCAAUGCUGCUUCUGCUUCAUCAGCAGAAAUGGUUCCCAAGACUAAGAAUGCUGUUGAACAUGUAGGUCAGAGUCCUGUUUUAGUUCUUGGUGCUAAUGAGGAGGACUUAAAGAAGAUCGAGUGCGAACUCGAUCUAUGUCUUCCGGAUCCAAGGCCUGAAUUAGAUAAAGAACUUAGUACUACUGAUCAGGUUGAAAAGAGGCUUCACCAUCAUCAGCCUAUACAGGACACAAAGAUCUUCAAAGUAGUUGGUUCUAAUAAGAAAGUGGAAGAAACUCCAGGGGCAGCUGAGACUGAUAAUGCCAAAUCGUCGAUCCGGGAAGACGAAAAUCGAGAACAAAAUGAAGGGGAAGGAGAAGAAGAAGCUAAAGAAGAGGAGAAACCAGAGAGAAUUGAAGUGGAAAAGGAGGAAGUUUUUGGUGUUGUUGCAUCAGAGGAAAGCACAAACAACAAAAAUGAAGAAGAGAAGAGCCACACCGAUCCCAUUCAGGUAGGAGUCAUUGUUUUAGAACACAAAGAAGUAGAAGAUGGGCAGAGUUCCAAGGAAGAAAAUCACAACAGUACAGAGAAAGAGGCCGAAGCGACCGAGAAGGUGGCAGCCGCCGCCGCCGCCGCCGCAGCAGAGGCGGCAGCAGCCAAACCACGACAAGGAGGACCAGGGAGAAAGGAGUCUCCAGCAGUGUACAAUCAUGUAAUAGAGGAGACAGCAAGUAAGCUUUUGGAGAAGAGGAAGAACAAGGUAAGGGCAUUGGCAGGAGCAUUUCAGACAGUCAUUGACUAUGAAUCCUCGUCCAAAUGA